GUCUAUUCUUAGAAAUACAUGGAGUUGCGAUGCAUCGGUGCAUCAUAUCAUAAAUAACAAAAAGCAGUCUUUGAUUCACCAAAAUCAUAUACUAGAUACACUUUAGAGUACGGAGUUUAAUUUCAUGGAAUUGAAGCAAGACAGCGUCAUUGCGGUAAAUAUAUGUCUGUCUAUAAUGAGCAAAAUCGCGGCUAUAAUGACUACAGUCAAAUGUGGAUUGAUCUUUCAGCCGGUAUUGCGUCGUUUCGCUACCUUUCGAUUUGCUUGCCUUGGCACAGGUGCGCUUGUAAAGGUAUUGCGACGAUUUGCUUUUGCAAAAGUUGCUUAUCUCGCCACUGAUGUGUUGUCGCAAGAAAAAUGCUAAGUAGUUGCACUACCCCAGAACUUGCGUAUAAUUCAGACUUAAGUAUCCUGCGGACCGCGUCCGAAAAGAUGCUCCCUAGGCUGUGGUUUGUACUCAAUCAACAAGAUGAUG